AUGUCGCCUAUCGCAAGAGCUCUUCCACGCCUGGCUCUGUCGUCGACGCCAUCGAGCAUCACUGCAGCUCGGCGAGGGCUAGCGACCACGGGCGUGUUGCUCAAGAAGCAGCCCCUGUCGCCGACCAAUGACUCGAGAACGUCGCCUCGAGACGCUUCGACGCCUACCCAUCCUGGCUACACUCCUGCUGACACGCCUGUUUCGAGUGAACACCCGUCCACCAUGCCUGGCGUGAGCUCGCAGAUUCGAACUGCCUCGACUACGCCGCAGGCCAGCACUCGACCUCACCCUCCUCACGCAGGCAUCAAGGAGAUGGCCGAGGGCGCAAAGAUUGGAGGCGAGGACGGCAUCACGCCCGAAGAGCGCAAUGUCAAGAACUGGGGUCCCAACCAGCGCACACCCGAAUUCAACCCCCUCGAGGGUAAGCGGCGACCAGUCCACGACGGUGGCAGCAACGAAGGCGGCUUCGACUCGAAGGGACAGAGCAAGACAUAA